AUGCGUCCAACUAUCAGCUUAGCCGCUCUGCUGGGCAGUGCCUUCACUACUGCCACCGCUAGCCGAGGAAACAUGACCUCUCCGGAUGCCACCAUUAUUCCCGGCGCCUAUAUUGUUGAAUUCCUGGACGGCAACGACCACACGUCAUUUUACGGCAGCCUGAGGGCCAACGAUAUCAAUGUCUCCCCGCGGAUGAAUAUGACCUUCAAGUUAUUCAACGGUGUCUCUUUUUCCAUCACGAACCUCACUGGGCACACCAAAACUGCCUCAAAGAUAUCUGUCAUGCCAUCCGUCAAGAAUAUUUGGCCUAUGCACCGCUAUCCUGCUCCUGGAUUCCAGCGUUCGAAUACUACCUCCUACCACAACCCCCAGGAUACCGUUGACUUUGUUUCAGAGCCAGACAACGCUACCGCCAUCGGUACUGGUGCUUUCUCUCCCCACGUGAUGACACAGGUUGACCGCCUUCACGAAUUGGGAUACACUGGAAAAGGAUCUCGCAUAGCAAUCGUCGACAGCGGAGUCGACUACUAUCAUCCCGCCUUGGGAGGAUGCUUCGGUGAAGGGUGCCUGAUAGCUAGUGGCUAUGACCUUGCGGGUGAAAGCUACGAUGGAACCAGUGCUCCUCAACCAAAACCUGACCCGUAUGACAACUGCGAUGGCCACGGCACCCAUGUGGCCGGAAUCAUCGGCGCCAGGCCCAACCCCAUGGGGUUCAUCGGCGCAGCUCCGGGGGCCACGCUUGCGAUGUACAAGGUCUUCAGCUGUACCGGUAUGGGAACCACCGAAGAUCUCCUGAUCUCUGCGUUCAACAUGGCUUUCGAUGAUGGCAAUGACAUCAUCACCGCCUCAAUUGGCGGACCUGGCGGAUGGAGUGAGGGCCCUUGGUCCUUAGCCGUCGGUCGCAUCGUGGAAAACGGCGUCCCUUGCACCCUUGCUGCCGGGAAUGAUGGCAUAGAUGGGAUGUGGACGCCCAGCAAAGCCGCAGACGGCAAGGGUGUUACUGCUGUGUCUUCCUUUGACAAUAUUAAAACGCCUUACCUUCUUUCCAAAGGCAGCUACUCCACAAAUGCGUCGUCUUCUGAGUCAUGUCCCGGCUCAAAGUCCUUUGGGUGGCUUCCCGGUUCCCCUCCUUUAGGAAAUAUCUCGAUGCCCCUGUGGGCUACAAGUCACGACCCGACUGUGGAAGACGAUGCAUGCGCGAGGCUCCCUGCUGAGACCCCGGAUCUGUCAGAUUUCAUCGUUCUAAUACGAAUGACCACGGCUUGCGAAGGUUAUAUUCAGCAAUAUUACACCGGCUACACAAAAGGAACAGGGGUGGUAUCUCCUGAGCAAGGCCUAGAGUGGGUGGACCUACUUAGCAGAGGUUCAGACGUGCACUUGACCCUGAUCGAUCCCUCAAACUCCGGCUACGUACCCGCAGAAGUGCAAAAUAAUCUGACUGGAGGGUUUGCGAGCUGGUAUACAAGCUGGGGUCCGACAUUAGAGCUCGACGUCUAUCCUUCCGUAGGAGCUCCUGGGGGAAAGAUACUCUCCACUUACCUUCUCAAUCAGGGUGGUUACAGUGUCUUAUCCGGUACCUCUAUGGCCACGCCUUUGAUUGCGGCGGUGUAUGCUCUCGUGGGUCAAGUUCGAGGUACUUAUGACCCUAAGGAGCUGGCAAUGGCUCUUUCCAGCACCUCCCAAGCUCAAUUAUGGAACGACGGCUUUGGAACGAUCAACGGCGUCGCCCCGGUCCCACAACAAGGUGCAGGACUGGUACAGGCGUACGAUGCGGCAUUCUUGACGACGCAUCUGAGUACCAAAGGCAUUUCCUUCAAUGACACGGUCAACCUCCGAAACGUGACCUUCACCAUUCAGAACCUAGGAUCCGAAUCUGUGACCUACGAGCUUGGGAACCGUCCCGCUUUGACUAUGAACACUCUUUUUAUGAAUACCUAUUACCCACAAUCAUUUCCCAAUACAAUAAUCGCUGCGACUGCAGAUAUAGAGUUCUCCCAAUCCCUGGUAACGCUGCCACCGAAGGGACGCGCCGAAAUAACUGUGACGCCAACCUUUGCGGCACAGCAUGAAAUUCUCGACGGGCUCUUGCCCGUGUACUCAGGAUACAUCACAAUCAACGGAACGAAUGAUGAAAACUCGGUCAUACCUUACCUCGGUGUUCUAGGAAGCAUGAUGAAUGCUUUCGUGAUGGACCAGAAUGAUGACGAGAUGCUUGGAUUCAACUUCGCCUGUGCAGAAGAAGGCGAACGGCCAACCUACCCGGACAACAUCACCUUCGAUCUACCGUACCCAACCAUGGAGAAUGUUCCCGAAAUCCUGGACUGGACCGAGAUCUUCGUGUACCCUUCGGCCGAGUUCAGUCUCAAUUUCGGUACUAGGGUUCUCCGCGCCGAUGUCAUCCCUCUAUCGGCCAACUACACCGGCCCAACAACCACGGUCCUGGGUGAAACCAUCGCAGGCAGCGCUUACGGCUUUCCGCAAUAUUACCUGCCGCGCUACCCCUCCUGGGUGCUUUUCGACGGGAUGCUGGCAGACGGGUCUGUCGUCCCCGAGGGCCGUUACGCGCUUGACAUCAAGGCACUGAAGCUCUUUGGGGACCCGGAUGACCUGCUAGACUACGAGAGUCUGCCAAAGAUCCCCUUCACAAUUUCCUACCAGGACGGUCCGAACAAUACGGGCCGUAUGGAGGGACGGCUUUGA